AUGGAAAUACCAACUUUUUUCAAGAGCAAAAAUCCCUUCCCCCUUGAGUCUAGUCUGAAGGCCAGAGUUGACAGACACAGCUUGCCAUCUCGCAAGGCAAUGCUGUCUGCAAUGAGGGCAAAAAUGCCUUUCAUGUACCAGAGAGAUGUUCGUCAUGCUGAAGAGCACUAUGCAGAAUACCGGAAACAAUGCCUCCAGAAUGCAGCCAAGAACCUAUAUUUUUCUAAAGAAGCUGUUUACCACAGAGGGGCAAUGCUUCAGUCCUUUAAGGACUAUGACCCCAGGGGAUUGUAUGAUUUUUCCAGUGUCAUUCAGAGAAAAGAAAGUGAAAAUGUUGUUGUUAAGAAGCAAAGGCGACCAAGUAGGCUCAAACCUUUGAAGAAAUUACAGUCCCUGGAAAUGAAGCCAGACACGCCUCCUUCCAAAGAAACCACCGCUGAUGUUCCUGUCUGCAUGGAAGAGCUUAUCUGGAAAGCCAAGGUAGAAAGCACACUUUCAGAGCCAAGUCUCCUGGUACCUAUUCCACCUCCUCCCCCUCCUCCUUCUUGUGAACCUCCUUACACACAGGCGUUCCUGACAGAACCUCAUGAGAUGUUAAGAGACUUGACAAUCAAGAGGUCAAAAGCAAGACCCCAGGGCACCACAGUCCAUGAGCCAGAUCCUGGGGACCUGAGGUGGGAAGGAACAAUGUUGGUGAAGUUAAACAAGGCUACAGCUCAAUUCAUUGUGAAUAAUCAGCCCACCUGGGGAGGCUGGGUUCAGGGUAAGCCACCAGGUUUCAAGAAGCAAAAAUAUAACUGGGAAAGCAUCAGGUACGUGCUUCCUGAUGAAAGCGAUGUGGAAUUACUGGAUCAGAUUCAGGCUGAGGAUACAGUAGUGAAAGGUCAGAUUCAAAUUCAAAUAGAUGAAGAGAAGAAACCGGAGACACCUCUCUCUGCUUAUUAUUAUAGGUAAGACAAAUAAAUACCUGUUUUACUGGAGCAUCAAGGUGUGUUACAUUUAGAUGCUAAACUCAUUAUUUAGAAACAUGCCUAAUGGGAUUGUGAUCUUAGGUUUAGCCCUAUACUUUUUUGCUAUAAAAGCUGCUCUUUCCCCUCACUUUCCAAUCCUCAUUUGAAGGAUGAUGGGACAAAAUAUGGGUUUCUGUGACACCCCCAUGAGGGCCAUUCUAUGGGUAAUUAGCUAAGUAAAAUUACACAAUAUAUGAUAAAAACAGUUACAACGCAGCCUAAAAAUUAACAGAUGAGUUUUUAAAAACGCAAAAUGGACACAUAUGGCAGAAAGUUACUCAUCCAGGUGGGAAAGCUGGUCAGAACAAAAAUGCCUUCAGUUGCUACUAGAUAUUGCAAAUAUUUGUUGCCCUGCUCUGAGUUACUAUGGAGCAGCUUUCUGAGAUCUUUGGAGCUUGAAGAAGACUUCAUUACCCUGUAUCAAUUUUUUCAAAGGGAACACAGAAUCAGUUAUUUGAGCACAGUCUGUUUUGUUCAAAACCACCAUGGUGCUCUCAGAAACCUACUUAGCAUCCACCAAGGCCUCAUAAAGUUUUUAUGCAUUUUUUAAUUGAUGGUUGCCUUCUUGGUUGGGGAAGGUGCCUGUUUUUGGGGAGUGGGCGUUGCUUGCUUGUUUUACUGUAUUUUUUGUGGGAGGGUAUUUUAGUUGAGGGGAGUGUGUUGCUUGUUUUGGGUGGAGGUACUGAACAUUACUAGUUUUUCUUCUGUGAAAUUGGUGUUUUGUGGUACCACAACACUUUCUCAGGAUUCCCAAAAGGCUGAGGAACCCCUGCAUUAAAAGGAUGACCUGGAAUAGAAAAGAAACAAAUAAAUGGCCAGGAUAACACUAGAAAACUAUUGUAUAUAUUUGUACCCCACCUUUUCCCCUGACGGGCUCAAGGCAGCUUACAGAUAAAAUAAGACCAGCCAAAAACAUAGAAACAAUUAAACAUUAAUAGAAUCAAAACUAUCAAUAAAUACAGCACAGCACCAGCCCUUUCAUUAAAACAACCAGUUCCCAAAAGCCUGUUGGAUUAAGAAUGUGUUCACCUGCUGGCCUCAGGUUCUCCUUUUAAUAAACAAAGGUAGAGUAAAGUAGGUCACAAUUCAGUAAACUCUGUCCUAUUUGCAAAAGAUCUUAUGGGAAUUAUACUCUGAAGGAGGAAGAGUGUCAGAUAAAAGGGGCAGUAAUUUCUAAAUGAAGCAUAUACUACAUUUGCUAUGCUGUAACCCUCCCUGGGGAAAAAAUAAGAAAUGUAGUAUUAUCAACAAUGCUGCUGGUGUAAGCUGAGGUUGCUGAGAUCAUGUACAUAAAAUGCUUUAAGCAACUUGGCAACAGCAGUUAUUUUUGUAUAUAUUGGGUCUAUACAACUUGUGGCUCCCCAAGCCAAAUUAGCCUGUAUUGAGUGGUGUUUCUGCAGACCCUGGCAGACAGCAAAGGCAUGUGAUUCACUGAGGCUGGGGCUUCAGGGAUGCUAACCAAGCAACCAAGCAACCAAACAGAAAAAUAAUUUUUGGUUUUUAGGGCAAGUGCCAAAAAAGCAAGAGGCUAGGCUGUUUCUCCACCAUCAUUCUAGAUCCCCCCCCUUUUUUAAAAGAUGGAUUCUUUGCAGCUUUUACAUAUACUUGGCACUGGGCACGUUGGGGGGCACAACUCUGUUUUCUGUCAGGUCACACUGAAUUCUGUCCCCAAACUUGCCUGAGAUCAGUGCUUUUUUUCUAAAAAAAAAUGUUUAGGGGUAGUCUCAUUUUCCUACUCAUAUUGAAAUACUGCCCCUCAGUGAGGCCAAACUUAGAUUCACAAAAUGUUGAGCGGUAUGCUUACCCCUGCGUCCCCCCAGAAAAAAAGCACUGCUUGAGACUGCAACCCUCAAUGGCAGCGUGGUCCCCCUCUGGGCUUUGCCCAAGGGCCCUUCCCAGGUACCCAAAUUCUUUACUUCAAGAAUUGACAACCCUACCUGGUAGGCUUCCAUAUGUGUGUGAUGACCUGUGUUCUUGUUCUGAGUGAAUUGCAAAUUGUACAGUGCUCUCAGCUGGAAGUAUUCUUCUCAUUUCGCAGGGGGCCAUCUUUCCACAUGAGAGAGCGUGGUGUGGAAGAUUCAGUUGAUAUAAACAAAACUGCGGAUGAUAUAGCAAAGAAGGAUCUCAGACAUCUGGCACGUACUAAACUUCGAGAACGGCUGAGCGCCCGAGUUGGAAAGUACUCAUACACUACCCAGAAUGUGUUUGAACAAGAGCUCUAUUUUGGUAGGUAGAACUAUAAUUCCUUUUGCUUAGCAUUGUAUAGAUAUGAACGAUCCAAGCAUUAUUUGGAUCCAAGAUUACUUGCACAAAGAUCAACUGCAUUGGAUCAACUGUCGGAUUCAUACAAUCACAGCUCAAUACAUUUCUGGUAAUGCUUGGUAGCCUGUGCAUAUCCUGUCAUUUUUCUGCCAUCCCAUCCUAAGUUGUUCCCUGUCACAUUUUUAAAUAUUAUACGUAGCUGAGUCCAGGAAAAUUAGGAGAGAACUAUUUGUAUGCACUUAUUUUGUGCGUUCUAAUGGUCAGGGGUCCCUUUAAAAAGAGAAGGGAUGCGGGUGGCGCUGUGGGUUAAACCACAGAGCCUAGGACUUGCCGAUCAGAAGGUCAGUUCGAAUCCCCGCGACAGGGUGAGCUCCCGUUGCUCGGUCCCUGCUCCUGCCAACCUAGCAGUUCAAAACCACUUCAAAGUGCAAGUAGAUAACUAGGUACCACUCCGGCGGGAAGGUAAACGGCGUUUCCGUGCACUGCUCUGGUUCGCCAGAAGCGGCUUGGUCAUGCUGGCCACAUGACCCGGAAGCUGUACGCCGGCUCCCUUGGCCAAUAAAGCGACAUGAGUGCCGCAACCCCAGAGUCGGUCACGACUGGACCUAAUGGUCAGGGGUCCCUUUACCUUUACCUGUUUUGUGCAUUAUUUCAGUUUUAUUCUCAUCUACCUCAGCAACCUUGGGAAGGCUGAAUUAUAAUGAUCAGACUAUGGCCUCCCAGUAAGCUUUGUGUCUGUGCUGUGAUUUGAACUCCCCAGGACUCCCCCAAGUCUAUUCUAGAGGUACAAUGUGAUGCACUCCAAAUGUUGUGGACUACUUUUCCCAUCACCUUGCUAACAAAGGUCCGUAUAGUUAAAGCCAUGGUUUUCCCAGUAGUGAUGUAUGGAAAUGAGAGCUGGACUAUAAAGAAGGCUGAUCACUGAAGAAUUGUUGCUUUUGAAUUAUGGUGCUGGAGGAGACUCUUGAGAGUCCCAUGGACUGCAAGAAGAUCAAACCUAUCCAUUCUGAAGGAAAUCAGCCCUGAGUGCUCACUGGAAGGACAGAUCGUGAAGCUGAGGCUCCAAUACUUUGGCCACCUCAUGAGAAGAGAAGACUCCCUUGAAAAGACCCUGAUGUUGGGAAAGAUGGAGGGCACAAGGAGAAGGGGACGACAGAGGACGAGAUGGUUGGACAGUGUUCUCGAAGCUACAAACAUGAGUCUGACCAAACUGCGGAAGGCAGUGGAAUACAGGAGUGCCUGGCGUGCUCUGGUCCAUGGGGUCACGAAGAGUCGGAUACGACUAAACAACUAAACAACAACUUUUACCAUGAGGUCCAGCCAGCAUAGCCAGUGGUCAAGGAUGAUGGGAGUUGCAGUCCUCAACGUCUGGAGGGCAUGACAUUGACUAUUCUUACUGUAACCCCUACACCACACUGCCUUUCAUAUGCCACCAUAAAGUUCUGGGCAACAGGAACUGGAUCAUCCCUAUCUAGUUGUGGUUUCUUUUGUCUUCUGUGUGUAUUUAGGGUCAGCCAAAAUUGUCCAUCAAAAGACCAAGAAGGAUCUUAUUGUUAUGGAUAAUCAUUAUGAAUAUUAUAAACAGCUCCAGCAAUGCUACCCAAGGCCUCCAGAGGUCUGGAGCUUCAUGCCACCAAAAAAGACAGGUAAGAGGCGAUUACGUACUUGUUCCAUCCCACGGGUCCAAGUACAGACUGGGACAAAGAAUUGACUGAUGCACUGAAGCAUCCAUCUGUAGGGAUUCCAAAGAAAGAGGCACAGAAUACCAGAGUGAUCGCUUCUAGGGCUUUAGGAUAAGAGACAUGUCAAGAGACUUACAUACAGCAAUGCAGAAUUCAUUGUCGUGCCUCUCCACUCUGUCUUUGGGUGACUAGGAAGGAAAGCAGCAUGGGAAGGGGGGGAGGCAGACAGACGGAGGGAAGAGGAGGGGAGGUGGAGCAGAGCAGGUGGACCCUGAUGGCCACAGAGGAAGUCACCAACGGUGUGUGAAAGGCAAUGAAAAGCAAACUUUUUGAGUUUCUGGUCUAUGGUCUAUGGUCUCUCCUGACUUUGGAGGUGUUGAUACAGCUCCUUGCCAAGGGCACAAGGGAGUCAAGGUACACCUCCGCCUAUUCAGUGUUUUCUGAGAUGGAUCACUCCUCCUGCUCUCUACACAGGGAGGGCCAUGUUAAUCUUUAUACUGCAUUCUUCUACCUUUCAGUGGGAAGCUCCCCUCCCCUCAGUUAUCCCCUCCACCUUCAUCGUUCUGCCUGGACACUGAGGUCCAGUGCCGAGGGCCUUCUGGCGGUUCCCUCGCUGCGAGAAGCCAAGUUACAGGGAACCAGGCAGAGGGCCUUCUUGGUAGUGGCGCCCGCCCUGUGGAACGCCCUCCCACCAGAUGUCAAAGAGAAAAAUAACCACCAAACUUUUAGAAGGCAUCUAAAGGCAGCCCUGUUUAGGGAAGCUUUUAAUAGGUUAUUGUAUUUUAGUGUUUUGUUGGAAGCUGCCCAGAGUGGCUGGGGGGACCCAGCCAGAUGGGCAGGGUAUAAAUAAUAAAUUAUUAUUAUUAUUUUAUUAUUAUUAUGGCAGUGGUGGGCCUUGGGGUCUCAAAUUUCAGCAUGCCCUGUGUGAUGGCAAAAUUCGGCACGCCCCACCCCUUACCUUCCGUAGCCUCCUGUGGUGCUCCUGAGGCUCCUUGCCCAGUACAACCAAACUGGUCACACUCCCCUAAAUCCGCCUCUGGUUGUGGUCCUGUCUCCUCUGCAGGAACAGGACUUUUGGGGAGCUCUAGUUCCUUACAAAGCCAAUUGUUGUUCCUUCUGCUUUACUUUCCCUAUACUAAAUAGGAUUGAAAGAGAGCCUGGCUGUUUUUUUAAAAAAAACCUUAAUUGAUUUCACAAAGCGAAUGAAUUUUCCUGAUAAUAAAAAUCCUUAAUUGAUUGGUCUGGUUUGACUUACUUGAAUUAAUUUAUUGUUGGGCCAUCAGCCAUCUUUCUCAAUUAUUUUAUAAGCUAGUGCUGCAAAUCUCCACAUGUGAGCUGGUAGUAUUUUCAAGGUUGAAAUAGUCUCGGUGUUUAACCCUGUUCCAGUUUUUCUUUCUGUGUCCAUUCAUGUCAUUGUUGGCAAGGGUUAGUAUGGAUUGCUACUAACCAAUUUCCACUGAAACACUGCUGGUUCAGUUCAUAGGGUGCAGAAGGGAGCCAUCCAUUGGGCAGCGCUUCCCUCUGUCAUCGAACACUUCACCAAAGGGAGCGAAACCGAAUCCCUUGAACCAGCUAAGAGAGAGAGAAGAUAUUUGUAUGGAGAGACUGAUCUGGAUGCGUCUGAGGAAAUCUGUAUCCGUAAGACUAUGCUGGAACAGUGGAAGGCUGCUUGGAAAUAUGGUGAGCAUUUUAUCGUCCAUAGGCCAUUAAAAUAACGACUGUUUUCCUAUUGAUUAUCAUUGCUAUGGCCAAUAGUUGUUAGAUGACAUAACUAACGUGUUUCAUUAGAUCAGCUGAUAAAAGCUUGCAAACUCACAUAUUUGCAAUGGAUAGUCACACCUAUGGUUUUUAUUGUGACAUUUUUCUUCCCUCUUUUUUGUAAAUAUUUGUUAUUAAUUUUCAAUUAAUAAUAUUCUAAUUGGUAACAAAUCAGAUCAAAUCUUGCUACUUCAUAAAACAAACAUUAAAGCCAGUUAUACAUUCCAAAUUUAAAAAUUUCAAGGGGACUUCCCAUGUUCUGGAUGUCUGGAGAAAAUCUCUUUCAGUUAUUCCUGCAUUCAUCUCUCUUGUUUCCCCCCAGUUUAAUAAGUCCUAUCUUAACCCAUUGUUUUAUCUUCACAGUCCUGGUGCAUGACUCUCUAUCAUGUCCAACAAAUCUAUAUUUCUAUUAACAUGCAGGAGGCAGUUUAUUCUGUGUUGUUUUCCUUCAAUUGAUUUUCAGCAUAGUCCUCUCAGUGGCCCUAUCUUUCAUUUCAGUAUUUUAUCUUUCAGGCUCUGGGCUCUCUCCCAACUCUCUCCGUACAUGCCAACUCUCCUUCUUUUGAUCGGAUUUAUGGCGCAGCAAUCUUUGAGUUUUUAAUGAGUUAGUAUUCCAAAUAUGAAUCUCCCAUGGUGUUCCAAAUUAGUGUUCCAAGUUAGUGUUCCAAAUGUGAAUCUUCCAUCAAAAAGCAAUGUCGUGGGGUAUAUUUCAAUAAUUGUUUGGUGAUUGUUAAGUUUAGCUCCUCUAAGAUCCAGGUUUGCUCCCCUGGGCCCUAGGGAAGCCAGCCAAAAUCAAAGAUUCACUCUCUCUUUCACAUUACACCAUAUAUUAAAAAGAAAACUCCAUGCAAGUAAAUGCAGGUUUUUUUAUGUGACAUAUUCCCCCAAUUAUGAUCUGUCAAAUGUCCUCAGCUCCCCCUGGGGGGAGGCUGUUUCUUUUUCUCCUGCUCCACAGCUGCCGUGUGACAUUUUUCUUCUCAAUGCUCAGGUCCACGAUGGCAUUCAGCAACUAUAGAAGGAUUAAUCAGAGACUUGGCAGAUGUGCACAUUCAAAAUCGGGUCAAUGCUAUACUUACCUGCGCAACUGCUGUGCUUGAGCGGCCCCAUGAAGUCCACGAUGCAAGUGAUGAGUCAGGUAUAAGCAGCUUCUACUGGAAACUGUUGUAACUUUUGUUGUGGUUUUUCUGGUAUAGCAGGCUGGUAAGGUGGCACAACUGUUUAGGACUGGAAUACAGACUAUCAUGGAUCCAAGUACCUCUGGCUUAUAGACAAAACAGCUAGGGUGUCAUCCUACCCAAAUUAAGGAGAAUGCUUAAUUUAACACAGUGAGACUUACUUUCCAGUAAAGAUGUAUAUGAUUGCACUAUUAGGAUUGUACAGUUGAAACCAACUAAUCACACUGCUCCAAAUAUUUGGACCAUAUUGUCUGAAUGACUAGGUGCCAACGUUAUAGGGUGAAAAGCACUGUCUUUUACUUUGGGUUCUUGGCCAAAUCAUAGAAUUCCCCCCCCCCCCCAUGAUCCUCAGCUGUUAUGCCUUCUUCUGUCAGAAUGGGAAGGCUUUUUUUGGAAUGAAUACUUGAGAACCUUUCUGAAAUCAUCAGAGGACAGGGUCUUGAGAGUGCCAUGCAGUGGUACCUCAGGUUAAGAACUUAAUUUGUUCUGGAGGUCCAUUCUUAACCUGAAACUGUUCUUAACCUGAAGCACCACUUUAGCUAAUGGGGUCUCCUGCCGCCACCGCACGAUUUCUGUUCUCAUCCUGCAGCAAAGUUCUUAACCCGAGGUACCAUUUCUGUUUUUGUUUUGUUUUUAAAAAUAAAUUUUUUAUUGAUUUUCAUUAAACAUACAUUCAUUAUACAAAUAAAUCUCACAUAUAUCUUUGGCUCUGCCGAGCUUCAGACUUCCCUCCACCCCUUCGGUAAGUAUCGUACAUUUUCUUACAUCGCGUAUUCUGUUUGUUUAUCCGGUUGACCAUAUGCUGUUAGAGUUAGUCUAACCCUGCCAGUGUCUUUAAGGUUUUACAAUUAUCUCUUAUAUACACCAAAUAUUUACUCCAACUUUCAUAAAACUUCUGUUCGUCCUGGUCUCGUAUUUUCCCUGAUAAUCUGGCCAAUUCUGCGUAAUUCAUCAUUUUAACCUGCCAUUCAAUAAUAGUAGGUAUUACAUCUGUUUUCCAAUUCUGGGCCAACAUAUUGCACUGUUUUGAAUGUCACCAUUCCUUUUUCCGCUUCCCUCACUCCACCCACUCCAAUUGUGCGAACUUUGGAAGCUAAGGAUUAGUCAAAGAAUGAACGAACAAUGUGAAAGACAGAAGGUCCAAAGGGCAAAAGUUCCAGCUAUUUCUAGUUAACUGCUAUCAGCAUGAUUUUAUGAUCCAUCUCUACCAGGAAGGGUAUCAGACAAAGUAUACCAAUCUAGCCAUUUAGAUUCCUGGAUUUUUAGUACAGUGGUACCUCGGGUUACAUACGCUUCAGGUUACAGAACUAUGUUGGCCGAGGUACUAUUUCUGGGUUAGCGGAGUCUGUAACCUGAAGUGUCUGUAAUCCGAGGUACCACUGUACAGUUUUCAUAGUGAGCAUAUUUAUAAAAUGAGUGCUUGCUGACCAUCAAUAAAAGAAACAUCUUAUUUUUAAGAGCUGGCAUAAUUUCUGCAUAGGAAGGCAAAAAUAUUUACAUGUGAAUGUUCUGCUCUUUCUUUCAGUAAUAGGGAUAGAAACUGGUGGCAAGAAUUUAGAAGUUGAAGAUAUACCAAAGAAAAUACAGCCUUUGCUUAGAAAUACAUUGUUUGAUAAGGAUGCUCAUGUGAGAAUGGCUGCUGCUGUGGGCUUCUAUGCCAUGGGGGAGUGGAAUCCAGUGGCACGGUCCAUCAUGAAGGAUGCUCUGAUAAAUGGUUAGCAAAAUAACUUUCCUCUUUCUUCCAUAUAGGAACUGUUUUGUGGAUAUCAAGCAUCUCCAAAGCCAUGAAAACAUUUUCUCUGACAAAGAAUAUUCAAAAAGAAGUCAGACUAGGGCCCAAAUCCACCUAUAGUUAGGCUAUAAAUCUACAUGCAUGUGCCUGGGAACUCAAUGGGGCUUACUUCUGAGUAUACACGUAUAAGAUUGCACUGUCAGUCACAGCUAAAGCUGCAAUACAAAGCCCUGAUCUGCCGGGCUAGAAGGCAAAUGGUUGAGGCAGAAGUGUCCCUCUGCACAGCCCAGACUGGCUCUGCUGGCCUUUGAUGGGGCCACUGUGGAGUGUCUCAGUACACCUUCUUCUUCUUCUUUGGCAAUCACUCGUAGUCAAGUAAGAUUGUCUUCCAUAUACACGGUUUUAAAAGUGAGUCCGUAAGUGACUGUGGAGGCCAAUUCUGGAUCCACACGUCCUUCCACAGUGGGGACAUAGGUUUCCGGGUGGGAGUUGAUCAUGGUGAGGGUUUGCCAAACGUGGCUUCCUCUUAGCGCAUUUCUACCUUUCAUCCUGAGUUCAAGCAUCUUCAAAACCCAUGACACCUUUGGUAAAGGCUGUUCUUCACUUAGAGCGCUCACAGGCCAGUGUUUCCCAGUUGUUGGUGUUUAUACUACUUUUUUUAAAAAAGAUUUGCUUUGAGAGAGUCUUUGAACCUCUUUUGUUGACCACCAGCAUUAUGCUUACCAUUUAUAAGUUUGGAAUAGAGUAGUUGCUUUGGAAGAGGAUAAUCAGGCUCAGUACACCAGCCCCACAGUGGUUCCUGGCAGAAUGCCGCCUCCUCCUAAAAAGUGUAACUUUUUCAACAAUCCUGCUGUGCUUACCAAUCACUUUCUUAGACUGCAAACACUCUAAUAAUUAAAAGUGGUGUGUGUAUUAAACUAAAAGUUUUAUGUGUUCUUGCAUCUGAUCUGGGAUGGCUAACCUGUGGCCCUUCAGAUCUUAUUGGACUCCAACUCCCACUGGCUCUAGUCAGCAUGACCAGCUCCUAGGGAUGAUGGGAGCUGUAGUUCAGUGAGAUCUGGAAAGUUCCAGGCUUCCCGCUACUGCAUUAGACCAAGCUGGAAUGAGAGUCUUUUUUAUAGAGCGUCAUAUUAUAUACUAGUAAUUCUUUUGCUAUUAGGUAAUAGUACAGACAGUUGGACUGCAGCUCAAGCCCUGGCAAUGGAAGGCAAUAUAAGUUUCCAUGUAGUGAAAAGGAUCCUGACUCAAAUUUUUGAGCAGGAGGAUGAUGCCACAGAAGACCAGGCUUGUAUUUUAUUAUCUCGACUCAGCCGACAAACAGUAAGUACCAAGGCUCAGGUGAAAGAACAAGCUGUAAACACACAACCAUUGUGGCCUGCUGAUAUUUAUUUUACUCAGGCUUGCCCCCCACUGUUGAAUGCAGAUACUGGACACUCUUUGUAGCACAAGGCAUGCAUGUUGCAGAAAAGACAGGCGUGAGACUUGUUCUACUUUGGUGGACUUGGGCCCAAGGGGCAGGUUCAGCUUCCUUGCACAGAAUCCCGCAGGGAACAUUCACAUCAAAAAUUAUUUUGCUUUCUGUCUGAAUAAGUGGCCAGGCCAGUUGCUGUACUCAACAGAUUUUUCCAUUGGGAUUAAUGAUAAUCUUGUGAACUAUGGCAUUAUUUCUCCCUGGAUUCCAAGUAGAUUAGUCAGAUGACUCUGGUUAGUUGCAGUAUUCCAGUCCAGAUUAUCACAAUGCCAUGGACAAUGGCUUCACACUGUGUUUUCUUUUUAAAGUGUGUGUGUGUGUGUGUGUGUGUGUGUGUGUGUGGUGGGACUGAAUGGGAAAUUCCUAAUUUAACAUUAAUAUAUAUGUAUAUUUAAAAAAAUGGUUCCAGCAGGACAUCUGUUUGUUAUAUACUAUCACAAACAAGGAUAGCUCACCCCUUUUCCCUGAGUGGUGAAGUUACAGCAGCAGUCUCUUUUCUUGUAAUGAAAGAAAGCACAGAAACUGAUGGUGUAUUUGUAAUUGUCUGGAUAUUAAGAUCAACCUCCGAGGCCUUGCUCUGAAUUCCCCACAUCAUCUGAAGAAAGGUAGAUGUUGAUCAGAGAUGGUGGCUUUCAGUUGUGGCCUCCUUCUUCAGAGAAGUUUGCUGGUGCCAUAUUUGUUUUAUACUCAGUGCCAGGUGAAAACAUGUUUAUUUGCCCAGGCCUUAAGGAUGUAUGUGUUUUACAAUGCUGAAAUUGUUGUCUGCUUUGUUGAUACAGCUUAGUAUUUGUUACUAUGGUUUAGUAUUUGUUUCAUAACAAGCCGCACUAAGAGUUUCAGCUGUAGAGUCAGUCAGGUCAAUUAGUACCAGUUCCUCAAAGCAAACAGCAUGCUUUGAAGUUAUCAUAUAAUAAUAAUAAUUUAUUAUUUAUAUCCCGCGCAUCUGGCUGAGUUUCCCCAGCCACUCUGGGCGGCUCCCAAUCAAGUGUUAAAAACAGUACACAUUGUUAUCUCGCAGUCAGCUCCAAAAAUGGUCAUCGGUGGUCCUAACUCCUCUCCUUAAAAUAUUGGCAAGCCUCUCUGUCCCUCUUCUAUACUUCAGUGCGUUCAGGCUUUCCACUGAUUGGUUUAAUCUUCCAGGGCUUGGUUCAUUGCUUACUGGCAUCCGAAUUGAACAGCUACCAAUGGAAGCAUCGGGUUUUGGCCUGUAAAACAUUUUCACGUAUUCCUGGGAGCGUCAGCCAAGUAAGUUAUGCCUCACGAACCUAACAUACUAUAACAUCCAUAAGAGAAUAUUGGUAGAGCCAUUUUCAUGACCGAAGCACUAGCAGAUUCAAAUAUUCCUUCUGACGUGAUUCAAGCUUACUAGAGAUUCCAUUGUUUGGCAGUUCAGAGUGAGGGAAAAACAUGUUUCACUGAUCUCUUCAUUUGUGACAUGCACCAACAUACUCAUAGUAAUUAAGGGAGGGGGAAUUGUUGCAGUGGUGAUGCCACCGUUAAGCGUAAAAAAAAAAAUCUGAUUUAUUUAAAAUUGCUCCUAAAUGGCACUGGUGGUGAAACAAUGUGUAAAGACUGAGAUGUGAAUAUAUAGACAGAAAAUUCUUUGGUUUGAAUCCUAAACUAAAUCAGCUGAAGGAAGCUCAUGGAAGGAAAGUUUCCUCUUGCCUCCUCGCUACCCAGCCCUGUGUGUUCCCUGAAAAGCCUCACCUGAGACUCAGGAGGCCCUCCGAAACAGCAGAGGCUUGGGCUCAGGUGUAUCCUGGGGAUAAAAGGAGAAGGGAGGGAAUCACAAAACUUUCCUUCUGUGGAUUUUCUUAAGUUAUUUUAUGAUCCAAGUCUGAUUUUGGAAGAUCCCCUUGUCCACCAGCAGCCCACUGCAUCCCAACCCACAUUGCCUAGGAGGCCACUGGCCCCCCAGAGUAGGCUUUUUGGAGGGUUCAGGCGUCUCAGAGAGACAGAGGGAAUGGGAGGCUUUCCUUUUAUGAGCUUCUUAAAUUAACUUACCUUGGAAUCCAAGCCUGCAUUAUGUAGGACCACAGCUCUAUAUAUGAGCACUGGGGUUGGGAUGCACAGGUUAAGGUUUCUACAGCCGGCAGAAAUCCUAGGCCUGCCAAAAAAUAUCCAUUCCUUCCCAAAGGGCUACCCAGCGAUGAAGCUUCCUUGAUUCCUAGACUUUUCCAGGUGUUCAGGCUUUCUACAUUGCUCCGCACAGAGAUGCUGACAUCAGAAACAGUUGUACUCUUUUAAAAUGAUGCCUUGUGAAGCAAGGUUGUGUUGCAGCAGUUCUGCUCCUACAGGGCUGCUUUCAGAGAGUAGCAUUGGGAAACUAUGGACUGGCUUCCUGCCAGUUGUGUUAUGGGGAGAUUUGGGGCUCUGUUUCUGUUACAUCUGAAUCAGGAGAGGGUGUGGCUGUUUCAAACCAAUGCCUGGACACUCUUAUACUACUGUUUUACUGGUUUUAUGUUGCAUUCUGUUUCAGUGACAUUGCUUGUUGUCUUUAUGUUGUACACUGCUUAGCAUUUUAAAAAAUAUUAAGCGGUAUAUAAAUGCUUUUUAAUGAUCAUCUUCAUCUUUGUCUUCUUCAGCGUCAAUUUAUCUGUUGCCUAAAGUUACUCUUAGUUCUUCUAUGUAGGACCUAAAAAACAAAAUUGUCCAGCUCAUGUGGACAGAUUGGAAGUUUGAUGUACGCCAGGCAGCUGCCAAGGCUUUGGGGCAUUUGGAACUUGGGAAAGAAGUCCAUGAUCAACUCAGGUGAGAGCCGUGCAAUGUGGUAAGACAUCUCAAUCACUAGCAAAACAUUUCCUCUGCAAAAUUCUGAAAUGCAGAUAGGCAGUGCAUUGGAAACAGAGGACCUCAACAAUGUCUGAUGGCAUUUGAAAUGAGACGCAUAGAGAUCCAUAUGCAUGUUAGAAACAUCAUCUUCACUGAUGGGCAGAGCAAUCCUAUAGUCACAUUUGUGCCCAGUGCCACAGAUAUCCUGGCAAGAGUUUUCAGCCAACGUACUGGAGGUAGUUCCUUCAGGGUAAGUAUCAUUCUAUUGACAUAGCUCCAUCUCUGCCAGCAGAGCAUCAUAUAUACUGCUUCCUAAGGCCACUUAGCUGGCCUAAGUCAUUUACAGGAUUUGCACCCUUAGUAUGCUCUUAAGUAAUGACAAAAUAGGAUAAAGUUAAUAACAAUUCUUGUUAUGCUUUUAAAUGCACAAAACUAAAGCUUGAUUGAUCCUCUGCUCCAUAAUGUGAACUGGUCUGAUUGUCUGAAAGCAAUGCCCAGGGGCAACAUGAGAGGCAAAAUCCAGAAUCAGUCCAAGGUCAAGACACUGGGGCCUGGACUCAAAUCAGGCAACUGGUGCAAUUACACUGGUGCAUUUACUUUGGAACCCAGAGUGCAGCUGCAGGCCAUCAAGGCUGCCUAAAGAGUUCGUCUGUUAAUGAGGAGCAUCCAUUUUCUCUUGAGGAGGGCAGCAGUCUGACUGAGCCUGCACCCGUGGCCACCUGCAUUCCCCCAGACUCAGCGGCUGAUCAGCCUCUGCCUCUGAUUCUGUGCAGGGGCCUCCUGUGUCCUGAGGAGGUUGUUGGAGGGCUGUGACCCCUGAAAGUUUUGGCUCUGUCUGACUGUUAAUUGACACAACCUGCUGCUCCAUUUGCCUUGGGGAGCUCCAGGUCCUCCUCCGAAGAGGAUUUCUCCAGCAAGGGAGUGACAGUGGUGCCCUCCAGGUGUUGGUGAGAUACAACUCUCAUCAUCCCUAACCAUUGGCCAUGCUGUCUGGUCCUUAUGGGUCCAACAACAUUUGGACAGCACCACAAUGAUUACCCUUGCAGUUCUUUAUGCUAAACCAGGCAUAGGCAAACUCGGCCCUCCAGAUGUUUUGGGACUACAAUUCCCAUCAUCCCCGACCACUGGUCCUGUUAGCUAGGGAUCAUAGGAGUUGUAGUCCCAAACAUCUGGAGGGCCGUGUUUGCCUAUGCCUGUGCUAAACACAUCUAGCUCAUGAACACAGGGGUUUUUGCUGUUGCUGAUUCUAUUAACGCUUGUUAUAAUUAAUGGCCCUUCACUUCAAAUGAAGUCUUUACACCCAGGACUUAAUAACUGAGUUCAACCACUGUUCAUUAAGAACACACUUGUGCCCUCAGGGAGAAGCUAAAAAGAGGAGAUGUCCGGAUGAGGGUGGAAGCUCUUUCAUUGAUUGGGUGGCUGAAAUUCAUGACGGCCAGGCUGCUCCCUGGCUUCCUAAAGUGUUUCACUGAUGACUUUGUAGCAGUUCGAAAAGAAGCCUGCUGGGCAGCUGGAGAACUUCAGAUUAAAGAAGAGAUGGUGAGUGUUCAAAAUGUAGGGCCAGUGCACCCACGAGGCAAGGUGAGGUGACUGCCUCAGGUGGCGGGAUCUGUAGGGACAGCAGAUUCAGCCUCCAAACAAUGCAUCGCCUUCUGAUGCUGCUGCAGUGGCAGAGACAGCUGGGGUGCUGUUCCUUGAAGGCCAGAUCUGCUGCCUCCUUGGCAGCCCCCCCUCCAUGCCUCCUUUGCAUCAGCCUCUUGGUGAAUAGGAGGCGCUGCUGGUCUUCUCCCACCCUUUGUUCCCAAAGUGGUCAUUUAUUUCCCGCUGAUUCCUGAUGUAGAUCUUCACCCACCCCUUCUUCCCUGGGGGGAUGCUAUUUUGUGGUUUGCCUUAGGUGCCAAAUGUUCUUGGGCCAGUCCCAGCAAAAUGACUGGCAAAAGCCCUAUAUGUGGAGAUAAAUAUAAACUCCUUUCUUGAAUGCAGCCUGGGUGGCUUCUUCAGAGACUUAUUCUUCAGACGCUAGUCCAGGGCUGGAACAAUACAUCUUCCUCACUGAUUAUUUGGGGAGAACCAACCUUCUACAUGCAUAGUAGAUGUGGUAUAAAUGCAGGUGCGCAUCUGGAUGUAUAACGCUACAUCUACAUUGUGAUGCUUUUUCAGGCUGGGUUCUGCCUGGAUGCAUGAUGUGGAGAAAAUGGGUAAAGAGAAAUUAUUCUCCCUCUGCUCUAAUACUAGAACCUGGGUCCCUCCAAAGAAUCUGAAUUAAUGGGAGAUUCAGGACAGACAAGAUCCUUCUUCACGCAACACAUAGUUAAACUAUGAAACCACCCCCAUAAGAUGGUGGCCAACAACUUGGAUGCUUUUCCAAGAGGAUUAGAGAAAUUCAUGGAGAAUAAGGCUAUCAGUGGCUGCUAGCCACGAUACAUGUGCCAGAGGCAGUGUGCCUCUGUAUACCAGUUGCAGGGAAUUGCAAGCGGGGAGAGUGCUGUUGUAUUCAGGUAAUGCUUCCAAGAUUUUCAUAGGCAUCUGGUUGACCACUGUGAGUACAGGAAGCUGGACUAGAUGGGCCUUUGGUUUGAUCACUGUUUAAUGUCUGGACAAAAUAUAAAGACUUGUUGGAAAAUAAAACACCCAGGUGGCUCUCACCAUUAGAAGCUAAGGCCCGAAAAAGACCCAAUAUGGAGGCUAAAUGGCCAAAAUACUGGGAAAUACUAGAAAAGGAUGGAGACAAUUGGAAAUUGCAGAGUUUGGAGAAAAUGAAAGACAAAGUGCGAGAUUGGUUACAUUACGCUCAGAUUAAAGAAGUUUUUAAAAUGAUAAGAAAUUAGGGUUCCAGGUGGAGAAAUCGAAACUAGAAACAGAAUUGUUAGAACCAAAGAUUAAGGUACUAUCAAGGAUGUAUAACUUGCUGUUAGAAUGGAAUACACAAGAUGAAACGGUUAAAUCGGCUAUGAUAAGGUGGGCACAGGACAUUGGGUAUAAUAUUAUGUUUGAGGACUGGGAAAGGUUGUGGAGUAAUGGAUUGAAAUUUACCGCAUGUAACGCUUUGAAAGAGAAUGUAAUGAAAAUGAUCUAUAGAUGGUAUAUGACCCCAGUCAAACUUGCAAAAAUUUACCACCUGUCUGACAAUAAGUGUUGGAAAUGCAAAGAGUGUGAGGGAACGUUUUUCCACCUCUGGUGGACUUGCCCUAAAGUGAAGGCGUUCUGGGAAAUGAUUUAUAAUGAAUUGAAAAAGGUAUUUAAAUAUACCUUCACUAAGAAACCAGAGGCUUUCCUUUUGGGUAUAGUCGGCCAAGGGGUGGCAAAGAGGGACCAGAUAUUUUUUAUGUAUGCAACAACAGCAGCAAGGAUACUUCUCGCAAAAUACUGGAAAACUCAAGAUCUACCCACACUGGAAGAAUGGCAGAUGCAACUGAUAGACUACAUGGAACUGGCUGAAAUGACCGGCAGAAUUCGUGACCUGGGAGAAGAGAGGAUAGAGGAGGAUUGGAAGAAAUUUAAGAAUUAUCUACAAAAACAUUGUAAUUUGAGUGAAUGCUAAAUAAGACGCUAGAUUAAAACAACUGAGCACCACUAAAUUUAGAAAUUCUUUAAGAAAACAAGUAAGAUUGUGAAAAUUUAAUUUCUUUCGAGAAUUACAAGAUUAUGAAACAUAGAAGGGAUAUAAGAAUUUAAAUAAGAUGAUAAAUUGCUGAUAAAAUGUUAUAACGAUGAAAGUGGGAGCGGGAGAUGUGAGGAAGUCCAAAGAAAAUGUGAAAUUAUGUUAAGACAAACGUUAUAUUGUUUAUCAUGUUUAUUUUUAUUGUAAAACCCAAUAAAUUGCUUUAAAAAAAAAAAUAGAUGGGCCUUUGGUUUGAUUCAACCGGACUGUUCUUAUUCCUUUUGAUGUAGACUUCAUUACAUGCAAUUUGAGCUGGAUCAGGGACGUGGGUGGCGCUGUGGGUUAAACCACAGAGCCUAGGACUUGCUGAUCAGAAGGUUGGUGGUUCGAAUCCCUGUGACGGGGUGAGCUCCCGUUGCUCGGUCCCUGCUCCUGCCAACCUAGCAGUUCGAAAGCACGUCAAAGUGCAAAUAGAUAAAUAGGUACCACUCCUGCGGGAAGGUAAACAAUGUUUCCAUGCGCUGCUCUGGUUCACCAGAAGCGGCUUAGUCAUGCUGGCCACAUGACCUGGAAGCUGUACGCCGGCUCCCUCGGCCAAUAAAGCGAGAUGAGCGCCGCAACCCCAGAGUCGGUCACGACUGGACCUAAUGGUCAGGGGUCCUAGGGCCAAGAUCUAUAUUAAAGUCCCUUGUCCAGAGACAGAGAACCUGUGGCCCUCCAGAUGUUGUUAGACUCCAUCUCCUGUCGGUCCCAAUCAGCAUGGCUAAUGAUCAGAGGUGAUGGACGUUGUACUCCAAGAGCAUCUGGAGGGUCACAGGCUACGUAUCCCAGCUCAAUCCCGUUUCAUCCCAGGGAAACAUUUCUGCUACAUCUCCAAAGUAUUUUUUGGUAGAGCCAGUGAAUUCAGCUGAAGUUGCUUGGGGGCUUUGAUCUGGUUUGUGGACUUUCUGUUAGCUGUCUCUGAAAGUCCACCCCGCCAUAGACUGUAUUUUCUGUGCUUAAAAAUAAUAAAAUAAUAUAAGCUGUGUUUAUUAUUAAUUCAUUCCCAUACUUUAUUUUUAAAAAAUAUUAUAGGCACAGUUUGCCAAGACCUUCUAAGCACCAUUGAAAGUUAAAGGAAUGUGAUGAAUAAUAAUAAUGAUUAUAAUUUGUACAUUGCCCAUCCGAUUGGGUUGCCGUGGCCUCCAGCAGAUAAAAAAACACAAUAAAACAUUAAAUAUUAAAAACUUCGCAUAAAUAUUCCCUAUUGAAUAUUAAAAACUUCACCUUCUGAUGGGGUGAAUGAAAGCAGAAAUGUGCUAUUGUGUUUCUCUCCUUCAUUAUUAUGAGGCUUGGGCAGGAAAAGAAAAUACUGCACAUAAUGGAAAGAUGGCUUUUUCAAGACAAUGGAAUUGAAUGAGCUACCCGUCUGCCCUGCAAAAAUGUUACAGUACACAACUGAUGGGCGAUGUUUGGCUUGGUGGGUUCCUCAUCGUGCCUACCUGCUGCCUUUAUAUUACAGUCUGGAAUUCCCUAUUGGGGCAGUCUUGUAAUUUAUUUGGUGUGAACCAUCCCGUUCAAAACGAUAUGCAAACUAGGUUCUGUCAAUUAAUACCUUUUUUAUUGUUGCUGUUCUUAGGUGCUCAGGUGCCUUUUUAAGAUAAUGCAGACUGACCCUCUCUGGAAAAUCAAGACUCUCGCUAUCAAAGGUAUUGUACAGGCUAGGACCCUAUCAUUUCCUUCUCAGGUGCAGAUGCAACCUGUAAAAAGAUAUGGGGAUGUUCAAGUUCCACUAAAAAUGCUGGUCCUCAUUUGUGGAUGUUUUAAUCAUCAGGACUGAAGCAGCCCCAAGACUAGUGAUGAUCCUACAUUAGCAUUUACAUAGCAUAUUUAAAGCAUUCAAAGCAUUUAGUGCUUCAUAUUGUCUCAUAUUGUUUCCAGAGAAGUAGCUGUCUUUGCUGCAACAAGAACAGGAAAGAGUUCUGUGGCCUUUUAUGGACUAUCACAUUAUUAUGGUAUCUGCUUCCACGGACUAAAAUCCAGUUUGUCACCAGUUAUCUUUGUAACAGCCCUGUAGGAUAAGUGAAUAUUUUAAUCUCUCAUGCUACAGAUAUAUGUCUGAUGUUGAGAACAAAGCUUCUUGCUUAAGCCGCUUGAGAUAACUGCUACGUGAUUUCAACCAGAGACUUCUUGGUACACUCUCUUGGGGCCAAGCUGGAUAUGCCAUUAAUUACAACCUUGCAUUGAAUAUGUACACUUUAAAAACUGCAAAUCAAAGCUGCAAGGGAAGGGAUAUGAUGAUCAGAAUCACAACAAGUCAUGGUUGGCGAGUGUAACCAUUUCCUCCCCUGUUGUGAUCCUGAGGGAAAUCCCUUCUCUGAAGCUAGUAUUUGCACUGGGAGGAAAUGCCUCCUGCUAGUAUCAAUUGGGGAUUUCCUCUCAACGCAAAUAGUGCAGCAACAGGGAACCUUGGACCCAGCAGCCAAAUGUGGCUUGUCAAGCCUCUCUGUCUAAUCCUUGGGACUCUCCCCAGAGCAUAACCUCUCCCAAACACACAGUCUGUUCCCAGGCCAGUCCCUGCACUGGCCUUCUUUCCCACCCCCCUUGAAUGUUUUCACUUGGCUGUAAAGUGUUCUUGACCUCUGAUAGUGACUCCUGAUUGAGAAGAGUGUCUGUAGAAAAUAGUGUACUGUAUAAAGGUGCAAUUUACAUUACCGUAAUUUAUCUACCCACUUUUGCCUCUAUCCUGCCCAACACUGGUACGUGCCCCCUGGAAGAUUGCUUAAAAAAAAAAAAAAGGCUUCCCACCUCUGAAAUAACACAUUCAGGCAAAGGAUUUUCCUCAGAACCGCAGCAAAGGAGGAAAGGUUUAAUUAUCAGCCCCAGAGGCAGCUGCUGUUUGCGUGCAAAAAUAACUAGCCAUAUUUAACAUCCUAUCUGAUACCGCAACAGCUAGCAUACUUACCGGUAUUUAGUGAGCAGAUACAACAAACUUUUUACAUGCCUCAAGAGUCAGCAUCAGAGUCAGCAUCCUGCUUUCUAAUUUAACACUUUGCCAAAAACGGUAUGUCCAGGAGCACAAUCCUGGACUGUCAUUGCAUUAAUAAGUCAACAGUGGCUUGAUUUCCAAAAAAAGAGAUGAGUAAGAUCAGCAAUAAUACCUGCAUCUACAAAAGAUGAUUUGGGUAUAAUCUGUUUUGUGCUGCAAGGAAGGUUGAAGCACAAAAGAGAUUCCCACGAUAAGGCAAUUCCUCCCUUCCACUUCAGGGAGAAGGGUAACAUUUAGUUUCAGAGUGUAGGAUGUAGAACUUGAGGUGAUGGGGGUGCUUGGAUCAUUGCCUCACCUUCCUGGCAUAAAUGUUGAAAUGAAACUCUUUUAUUUUCUGUCAGCUCUGGGUCAGAUAGGAGAGGCAAGUCCUUACCUGAAAGAACUUCUCCUCUGGGCCCUUCAUUAUGAAGAAGAUCCCGGGGUGCGAAGGGAAGCCUGUCGUAGUCUCAUCACCCUCAAGAUGAAGGAUGAAACAGUUCGGGCUACUUUACUGGAGAGAAUGAUUAUGGAGCCAAAUGAGAUGGUCAAAGAGUAAGUCCCUUGUUUCAUAAAUAGAGAAAAACUUAUGUAUUUAGAAAACCACUUCCUUCUCCUGGGUUCUUCUUGGCAGAUGUGCAAUACCUUUACAGUGGUACCUCAGGUUACAUACGAUUCAGGUUACAUACUCCGCUAACCCAGAAAUAGUGCUUCAGGUUAAGAACUUUGCUUCAGGAUGAGAACAGAAAUCGUGCUUUGGCGGUGUGGCGGCAGCAGGAGGCCCCAUUAGGUAAAGUGGUGCUUCAGGUUAAGAACAGUUUCAGGUUAAGAACGGACCUCCGGAACGAAUUAAGUACUUAACCUGAGGUACCACUGUACUUCUUCAGGAUAAUGCUCCUGUGAAACACAUUUACAGCAUCUGAUAAUGAACUUUGAGCUUGGGGGAGGGGGAAAAGAAAGCUGAAGUCCUGAAACUAAGUUCUGUUUCUCACUGGUGUGAUAGGAAUUUUAUGGUAAUGUUCAUAACCGCACAUACAUAGAUCAGCACAGGAAGGCCAACCUGGAACCAUUUUGAUUCCUAAACUGACCAAAUGUUUUCUCUGCAAGGUCAAAAUGGAAAAGCCUCCCCAUUGUCUUUUCCUUCACAAAUCCCGUCUUAAGGAUAUGUCUGUGUUUGAAUAAGGGUGUGAGCCUUUUCAUUACAAAAGACUGGCCAGGCUCCUCAGGAAAUCCAAUCAAGUAACCUGCUAGACAGGAGAUAAACAACAACAGGAGAAAAACAAUAUUAAAAUUUCUGUGAUGUAGGUGGGAUGUAUCUGAGGAGUGGUCUUAGGUUACACCCCUUCUGUGAUGUAUGUAGAUGUUUCUGGGGGUGGUCUUGAUCUACAGGAUGGGAAUUUCAAAAGUCUUUAUAAGCCCUUGCACAGCAUUUUUGUGGGUCCUCCUCCUUUCCUGCGAGUGAGGGGAGCACCCUGUUGCAACAGAUCAAUAAAGAUCAGGCUUAAUAGCUGCUUUGCUUCUCAAUAUUCUCUGGUUGGCCUCUGUUAUUUUCUCCUACCAAUAGGGAACCUAUGUAAGGACUCUAUAAGGGCUCUUGGAUACCCCAUAAGGGAAAAGGCCAGCGGGUUAUGUGUACAGUGGUACCUCAGGUUAAGUACUUAAUUUCGUUCCGGAGGUCCGUUCUUAACCUGAAACUUUUCUUAACCUGAAGCACCACUUUAGCUAAUGGGGCCUCCUGUUGCUGCCACACCGCCGGAGCAGGAUUUCUGAUCUUAUCCUGAAGCAAAGUUCUUAACCUGAAGCACUAUUUCUGGGUUAGCAAAGUGUGUAACCCGAAGCGUAUGUAACCUGAAUCGUAUGUAACCCGAGGUACCACUGUAUAGAUCUCCUCCACUUAAGAGUGGCCCCUGAGUGAGUCAGGAUUUCCCCCUUACAUGGAGGAACUACACUUAUAAGUUGGUCCUCUUCUCUCACACACCAAACAUGUAGCUAGGGGGUCAGGGCCUGUAUGAUCUGGCAACCCUGUCAUGAGUUAAUAUUUAGCUUUUGCUUGUAAUUCUGUUUCUUUCCUUACAGGUAUUCCAAUGAGCACAUCUCAGAUUAACACUAGAGUGGCUUCAGAAUUAGCAGUCCAGAAUAAGCUCUAGCUGUUCUUAAGUAACACAAACAGAAUAAGCUUUGAGGGCAUAUUUGGCAGGGUAUGAUACAAGGCCUUGCAGAUUUUUACCUUGUUCAUAAACACCCCAUGACUAUCUAACUUUGUAUCAGAUGUACCCCCAACCCACUUGUGCAGAAUUUUGAGGGCAUGUGGAAGGCUUCAGGGAGGAGUGUGAUGUGAAGUUCUGCUGCAGAAGUCUGUUUCACUUGUGCACAGACAGCACUGGAUAAAACUCAUAGUCUAGACUAUUAAAAAGUAUCCAAACAGAGUUUUAAGAAACCGUAAAGCCUACUUUCAUGAUUAACUUGAGAACUGGAGUUGUGGCCUUCAAGUGCCUUAGAUGGGACUGAAACUUUCACUGUAAACAUAAACAUUACUUCUGAGAAGUACUAUACUUAAACCUGAUCCAUUCCUCACCCCACUCCCCUCUUCUACAUAGUCAUGUGCUCCUUCCAAGCCUCAACCAACCAGAAUUGCUAGCUACAUCUGUUUUUUCAGUAGUUUAUAAUUUUUACCACCUACCCUAAUAACCUUCUCCCAUGAACUUCUGCACAGGCCAAGCAGAUCACAGGGUGGUACAGAAGAAUGCAGUGUAAGGUUACAAUUGGUGGCCUUUGCCAGCAUGUCUGGACCAAGUGCCACUCCAGGUCUGUGGUACCAAUACCCAUAUCUUCCCGAACCUGCCUAAUAUUCAUGGCAAAGACAGAUUUUAGUGUCUCUUACACCCACCUCCCCCUUGUAUUGCAUCACAAGGAUUGCAGAGGGUGCAGCAGACAUAAGGAGGCAAGUGGAAGCAUGAACCAGCUUCAGAUAAGCCCAAAGGACCGGUAGGGGAGGCCUUUUCUAGCUAUACACUUGUACAGUGGUGCCUCGCAAGACGAAAUUAAUUCGUUCUGCGAGUUUUUUCAUCUUGCGAAUUUUUCGUCUUGCGAAGCACGGUUUCCCAUAGGAAUGCAUUGAAAAUCAAUUAAUGCGUUCCUAUGGUCAAAAAAAGUCCAAACCAAGCCAAAUUUGGUACAAAAAGAGUUUAUUAAGUGCUCGCUCUUUAAAGUCACACAUACUGUAAAGAGCAUUUCAAAAAUUGAAGGAACAAUAAUUUAAGUUUCUAAACAUGACAGAAAAGCAUUUAAAAAUCACCAAAGUGUACUGUACAUACAUUUUCUAAGACUCUGGGGGACAACUCAAAGAAGGUUCCUCUUCCACUCUUUGCUUCUUGCUGAAGAACCUGUCCAUGGUCUGCUGCUUCAUCCGCCUUUUCAGCACCUCCCUGAAAGACGACAUGACCCUCGUAUCAAAAGUGUUCGCAAGGUCACGUGUCAGGUCCUUGUCAGGGUGGUGCCGCUGUGCAAAAACCUGCACAUCUUUCCACUUCUGGCAAAUGUCCCUCAGUUCUUUGGAGGACAGCCGUUCCUCAGUUGCUUCCUCCUCUUCCAGCGAGGCCUGCUCCUGCGCAGCCUCUGCCUGCAGUUCGACCAGCUCCUGGGUGGUCAGCUCGUGGUCGUGCUCCUCCACCAGCUCGCUGACGUCCUCCUCUGUGACCUCCAGGCCCAUGGUCCUCCCCAAGGAAACAAUGUCCUGCACCACUGUUGACUCUGGUGCAUCAGAGUCACUUGGUGCCACACAGUCCGGCCACAGGCUGCGCCAAGCGCAAUUCAAAUUUCUCUGGCUGAUCCCCGUCCAGCCAGAAGACCUGCUGUGGAACGUAGCCCUCCGUCGUCACAACCUCCAGGAACUCCGCUGCAAAGUCUUCAGCCGCAGGAACAGAACUGGCAGCCUCUCCAUGCCUGACCACGCUGUGGAUUCCAGAUCUCGUCUUGAACCGGUCAAACCAGCCUCUGCUUGCCUUGAAGACUUCUGGCUCGCCUGAGGUUCCUGGCUGUUGCCGGACGAGGUCUGCGUGCAAGGCCUUGGCCUUCUCACAAAUGACGGCCUCAGUCACUGUGUCCCCUGCACGCUGCUUCUCUUCUAACCAGAUGAGCAGCAACUUCUCCACCUCCUCCAGAACAGCUGGGCGGUUCUUCAUGAUCCUGGUGACUCCCUUGGCUACAUCAGUCGCAAGGAUCUUCUCCCUCAUCUUCAGGAUGGUCCCGAUGGUCGAUGGAUUCCUCCCGUACUCCCUGGCGAGGUCUGUCACACGCAUUCCACCGUCGUGCUUCCGGAUGAUCUCCUUCUUCAUUUCCAGCGUAACCUUCUCCUUCUUCCUCUCGCCGGCCUCUGCAGCAGCAGUCUUCUUGGGCCCCAUGGCAGCACAGCUCCUACCUUCGCAACCCCCCCCCCCAAAAAAUCAGUGCUUCACAUCAAAACAAUUCAACAGCACCAAACGUCCCAGAAAACACACAAGCUUCCAGAUACUAGAAAACCCCUUCUCAACAAUUCCCUGACCCACCCAGACACACACCACACAUAAAUCCAAACACAGAAAUCUAUUUUUUUAACAACAGCAGAGUGCCCCAAUGGUCACAAAAAAUCAUAAAAAUGCAGAAAUAAAACACACAAGCUUCCAGAUUCUUGCAAACCCCUCCCCAACACCAAGUCCUUGAAUUCCAAACACCCCAACCCAAAAUCCAAAAACCCCAAAAAAAAGUUUUAAAAGUUUAACUUACCAAAUGGCUGCUAAAGAAGUUUUGGAAAAGCUUCAAAAAUCACCAAAGUCUUUAAAAACCUCAAAAAGGCUACCACACCGCGUGCUAUGAGUUGCUCCUCGAAGUCAAGUCGCAACUGCACCUCUUCAAACAAUGCACCCUGGGUAUUAACGGUUUUAAGAAAAAGGAAACAAACUUGCAAGACGUUUUCGUCUUGCGAAGCAAGCCCAUAGGGAAAUUUGUCUUGCAAAGCAACUCAAAAAACCAAAAAACUCUUUCGUCUUGCGAGUUUUUCUUAUAAGAUAUUUAUUAAGCUUUUUUAAAGUAUUACAAUAAAAAUGAAAAAAAUAACAAAAAUACAAAAUAAAACUAGUUAAAAACACACAGAUUUUCCAUUGCUUGUUUUCCUUUAGCUUGUUUCCUGGACCUCCUCAUACCUCCCUUUUUUGUAUUCCAGUUCAAUUUGUUGGUUCAGCAAAUCCUUACCCUCUUUAUUUAUCCUAAUCUUUAGUCUUAAAAUAGUAACGUUAAAUUUUUACCUAUUAACAACCCAUUUUUCAUAAUCCCUUAAAGCAUUACAGCUGGAAACCACUUAAUUUCUAUCCAACAUCAUUCUAACAUUCAUUAAUUUUACAAUAAUUCUGUAGAUAGUCUUUGAAUUUCUUCCAAUCUUCUUCCACCGACUCUUCUCCCUGGUCUCGGAUUCUGCCAGUCAUUUCUGCCAGUUCCAUAUAGUCCAUCAGCUUCAUCUGCCAUUCUUCCAGAGUGGGUAGAUCUUGUGUCUUCCAAUACUUUGCAAUGAGUAUUCUUGCUGCUGUUGUGGCAUACAUAAAAAAAGGUUCUAUCCUUCUUUGGCACCAAUUGGCCGACUAUGCCCAGGAGAAAGGCCUCUGGUUUCUUCAAGAAGGUAUAUUUAAAUACCUUUUUCAGUUCAUUAUAUAUCAUUUCCCAGAAAGCCUUAAUCCUUGGGCACGUCCACCAAAGGUGAAAGAAUGUACCUUCAGUUUCUUUACAUUUCCAACAUUUGUUAUCGGGCAAAUGAUAAAUUUUUGCAAGCUUGACUGGGGUCAUGUACCACCUGUAUAUCAUUUUCAUAAUAUUCUCUCUUAAAGCAUUACAUGCCGUAAACUUCAUACCUGUGGUCCACAACUGUUCCCAGUCAGCAAACAUAAUGUUAUGUCCAAAAUCUUGUGCCCAUUUAAUCAUAGCAGAUUUCACCGUUUCAUCCUGAGUAUUCCAUUUCAACAGCAAGUUAUACAUCUUUGACAAAAUCUUAGUUUUGGGUUCUAACAGUUCUGUUUCUAAUUUUGAUUUUUCCACCUGGAAGCCAAUUUUCUUGUCCAAAUUAUAUGCCUCCAUUAUCUGAUAAUAAUGAAGCCAGUCUCGCACUUUAUUUUUAGUUUCUCAAAACUCUGCAGUUUCAGUCUAUCUCCAUCUUGUUCCAAAAUUUCCCAAUAUUUCGGCCAAUUGGCCUCCAUAUUGAGCCUUUUCAGAGCUUUCGCUUCCAUCGGUGACAGCCACCUUGGGGUUUUGUUUUCCAAUAAAUCCUUGUAUCUUAUCCAAACAUUAAACAAUGCUUUCCUGACAAUAUGGUUUUUAAAUGCUUUAUGCGCUUUGACCUUGUCAUACCACAGAUAUGCAUGCCAUCCAAAUACAUUGUUAAAACCUUCUAAGUCCAAAAUGUCUGUGUUUUCAAGAAGUAGCCAUUCUUUCAACCAGCAAAAAGCUGCUGAUUCAUAGUAAAGUUUAAAGUCUGGCAGGGCAAAUCCACCCCUUUCCUUUGCAUCAGUUAAUAUCUUAAAUUUUAUUCUGGGCUUCUUGCCCUGCCAGACAAAUCUAGAAAUAUCUCUCUGCCACUUCUUGAAACAAUCCAUCUUGUCCACAAUUUGCAAUGUUUGAAACAAAAACAGCAUUCUAGGCAAUACAUUCAUUUUUAUCACAGCAAUACGACCCAACAGUGAAAGCUUCAAAUUUGACCAAAUUUCUAAAUCAUUUUUCACUUCCGUCCAACAUUUUUCAUAAUUAUCUUUAAAUAAGUUCCCAUUUUUGGCUGUCAUAUUAAUCCCCAGGUAUUUCACUUUCUUAACCACAGUCAAACCUGUCUCAUUCUGAAACCUCUCUCUUUCAAUCGGUGUUAAAUUUUUCUCUAAAACCUUAGUUUUUAACUUGUUCAGUUUAAAUCCUGCCACUUGACCAAAUUCUUGAAUUAGUUCUAAAACCCUUUUAGUACUAGAUUCUGGCUCCUGUAACGUCAAUACUAAGUCAUCUGCAAAUGCUCUCAGUUUGUACUGUUUGGCUCCAACCUGUAUGCCUUUAACCAACCGGUCCCUUCUAAUCAUAUUCAGCAGAACCUCCAGGACCGAUAUAAAAAGCAGUGGGGAGAUUGGGCACCCCUGUCGUGUCCCUUUUUCUUGCGAGUUUUUCGUCUUGCGAGGCAUUCGUCUUGCGAGGUACCACUGUACCUUGGUCUACGAAGGGUCCUGUUAAUGAACACUUCGGACAGUGAACUCCGCAAAACCAGAAGUAGGCAUUCCGGUUAGCGGACUUUGCCCUGGAAGCCAAACACCGGCGGUGGGAGGCCUCAUUAGGGAAAGUGCACACCUUGGUUUAAGAACGCUUUGGUCUAAGAAUAGACCUCCAGAACAGAUUGUUUGCAACCCGAGCACUGUGCACUGCUGCAGGGGCAGAAGGAUCUACUUACACUGUUGCAGAUAUCUCACAGAAUAAGGUGCUAGCUGUAUGCACAUAGGAAAUAUAGACUGAGAGAAGUUAUUGGACUUCCGGGUUAGCGCCUCCGGCAAUGGCGGAAUUCCUCUGAUCGGGAGGAAUCCGCUCCGUGGAAAUCAGGGUCUGGCCGCCACGGCGAAGGCGGAGACCCACUAAAAAACCACAGGCGGGAGAAGCUUGUGGACGUGGGAUUCAGCUGGCACAUUUUGCGCCUCCCCUACUUGCGGGGAAACCCGGUUUCGGGGAUUCGGAGCGACGUGGGGUGAGUGGCACGGUGCUUCGAAUCGACUGCUUCUUUCACGGAGUGAAGCUGCAUUGCUGUUGCAGGAGAGCGCUGACUUUUUCCUGUGGACAAUUUGAUCUUAAAGCAACUACCCGUGAGUAGAACGGAAAAUUGGAUUCUUAAACGUCUUAAUUUGGCACCGAAACGGGGAGGUUUCAAACUGGAAGUCCACCUUCCCCAUUUGUAAAUAGAUUGAAGCAAAGAGGCUGCAAGCUAAAGCCUUGGAAAGUCUCUCAUAAAGGAUUAAACUUCCAUCGGUUAAAUUAUCAAACCCCCCUUGGAAGCAGGAGAAGAGGGGGGAAAUUUUGCAGGAGAGAGUGAAGAAAGUCAAAUUACCACCGCUCUGAACCUGGAAACGGGCUGCUAGUAAGCAUUGAAGUUUUGGAUAUGCUCAUUGACUGUGAAUAGAUCGUCUGCUGACAGUAAGUUAAAGAAGAGAAAUACAUUGUUUCCAUUGUCUCCUUCUGCGUUUAAAAAGGAGUAAAAGUAACUGAAAAUUGAAACUAACUUUAUUGUUUGAACUGUGCUUAAAAGGAUUGAUACAAAUAGAAAUUGUUUCCCCCUAGAGGAAGCCUUUGAAAUUGUUACAAGAGCUGAGCUGGGGGAAUUUCCAUUUCCACCUGCAAGAUAAAACUGUGAGAAUCUGGGAUUGACCUUGAACCGUUAAGAAUGUUGACAGAAGAAGCCUUAGUGGUUGCAUUUUGUAAGAUUAAUGAUUCACUGGAACAGCUUUAUAAGAAGACGGAUGCGAGGACUAUAAAAAUUGAUAACUUGGAACAAAAAGUGACUAAUUUGGCACAAAAAGUCAAUAUUAAUACAGAAAUUAUUCAGGAAUCGAUACAGGGAUCUAUUUUGACAUGGCAAAUUGAGGAGAAGGCGGGGGAGAAAGUUUUUGCUGUGGAACCUAAAGUGGUACAAGUAGAAAGGGAGAGAGCCCCAGCCGUACAGUUGCAAUUUGAUGAUUAUAAGUUGAUGCCUUUCAAGACUGAAUUUAGAGAAAGUCAGACUUUUAGGAUUGGAGCCCCGCUUAGACUGGAGAAAGAAAGUUGGAUAGAUCCCCUCAUGCAGGGGUUUAUUGACCUUUGGGACCUGGACUUGGGUCAGGAGGAGACUGGAGUUGUGGGGACUGCCAGACUUGGAGGAACUUUGAAACACGACUGGAAAUAUCUUUUGAAUUUCAGUUCUAACUAUGGAGAUUUGGCUGACUUGUUGAGAAGGAAUAAAAACAUUGCUAGAUGGGAAUUUCCCGGAGAUCUACUUUUCAGCAUCAAAGGAAGGAAAAUAAGAACAAGAUCAGGAGAAGACAAAGUAAAGUGCAUGUAUAAACAUGAAGAAGACUUGCAGAAGGGACCUGGAAAAGAGUUAAGAGCCUCGGACAGAAGAUCACCAGGUUGAUGGGCUAUAUGGAAUUGACGGAAAUGACUGGCAGAACCCGAGACCAGGGAGAAGAGACGGUGGAAGAAUAUUGGAAAAAGUUUAAAAUCUAUAUAUGGAAAUAAUGUAAAAUUAAUGAGUGUUAGAAAAAUGUUGGAAGGGAAUUAUACGGCUUUAGUAGAAAUAUUUUAAGGAAUUAAGUAUAAAUAAGUAUUAUAGUAUUAAUGGAAAAUAAGGUUAAAAUAUGUUAAGAUAAUUACAUGACAGAAAAUAGAGAAAGAUGGAAAGGAUUUGCUGAAACAAUUAAUAGAAAUGGAAUACAAAAAGGGAGGUGAGAGGAGGUCGAUGAAACAAGGGAAUGAAAGAGAGGAUAUUGAGAUGGUAUGAUGUGUGUUUUUUGAAUUGUUUUUGCUUUGUUUUGUUUAAUGUGUUAAUGUUAAUGUUGCGUUUUGUAUUGUUUAUAUAUUGUAUUGUAUUGUUUUUUCUUUUGUUUUUCUUCUUUUCUUUUUUCCUUUCUUUUCUUCUUUUUGUAAGGUUUAAAAGCAAUAAAUAUUAUUUUUUAAAAAAUAGACUGAGAGAAGUUAUUGUAUUGUAUUUAUUGUUUUAUUAUGAUGUUUUUGUAUCGGAUCAGAUUAUUGUAAGGUCUGUGUUCUUUGGUGUACCUUUUGUUGCUGUAAACUGCCUUGUGAAUAAUAAUAAAGAAAGGCAGCAUACAAAUUGAAAGUGAAAUGAAAAAAUGAAAAUAGAAGAUGGCUAGUGUACUGAUUUGACAGAACUCCUUCCUCUGCCAGGCUUUCAUCUGAGAUCUCUGAAGCAUGUAAAUAACACACCGUCCACUGUUUCCAAUUUAGGGAAGUGAGCCGUGCUGUGAAGAUUUUCAAUUUUGAACAGGAAGAGGAACACGAAACGAUUCAGAUGAUCAAGAAUAAGGUGGGAGAAAACUGCAAUUAGCAGAAAGAACUAGAUUCUUUUUUUGUAGGAGUAAAGAAUUCAGAAAUAUAUUAUGAAUACUCCCCCUGUCUAAGGAUGUUCAAUUAUAGCUGAUGGGGGGGGCUACUCCCCUCCCCCUAAAAUCAGACUUUUUGCAGUAAGCAAUGUAGGAAGUCUAAACUUGAUAGCACUUGUGAGAUACCACUUGCUUUGACACAUCCUCUUAUCUCCCUAAACAGAUCAUAAUGAACAUUAAUUAAAAUAGCCAUUAUCAUCUAAUCUUGCUGCAGACCGAUCAGGACAAAUGCUCAAUAAAUAGGUCAUCUGGAAGUGCCCUUACUUUCACAUAAAAUCUUCAUGUUCAUUCUGGAGGUGGCAUGGUUCUGUGAAAACUGGACCACAUGGCUUCUUGCACUUAGAUCUAGCAGCUUAUAGAGCAAUUAGCUGUAAUGCCCCCUUUUGUCCCUCUACCCUUCUAGGAGGACUAAUGUGUUAGUUUCAGCUCUAGUCUUACAUCCUGGAGGUUAAGGAAACUAGGAAUCUUACUGAAGAGUUAAGCUCUGGCUUGUUAGGGCACACAGGGCUCUGGGCAGUCUUAAUGCAACUGUCUAGGCUCUCUGAAGCCCAGUCAUACCAUUACUAAUUCUUCACAUCACAACUGGCUCCUACCAGCCCCUGAAAAAGAAGUGGAGGCAAUGUAUGUGAAUAUAUAAACCAGAAGGAAUUGUGGAAAGCAGACACAGACAUCAGUUAUGAAAGUGAAAAACAUUUAGCAGUCCUACUCUCCAAAUACAGAUCUGCCCCACUCUGUCCCUAUUUAGGUAAGAGCUUAUUGUUUCGAUCUGGUCAACUAGAAUUAAGUUCUGCUGAAUGGAGCACCUAGUGACAAGUGAUCUACCCUUCUACAAGGGCUGGUGCAUUAGUUUCACCUUUAGUCUUACAUCCCCAAGACUACAGAAUUUUAAUCUUUGGGCUACUGAUCGUUGUAUUUUUUGUUUUAGUACAUUGGAUUUGGUUUGUUUCCAUUGUGCACCACCUGCACAAGUUUUUACAUCACAAGUGGCAUGUAAUUUCAAUAAAAAUAACUAUUUCUGAUGCAGGUUGCCACAUUAAGCCAAAAAGACUUGGUAAUUGAGAAAGUGCUCAAAAUUAAGGAGAUAACAAAGAACACAUGGCAGGAAGCCCACCGCAUCUAUCGAGAGAAGGGAGACGUCUUUGCGUACAGUUCAAUAAGGGACAUCUUCCUUGAUGUUGUUCAAGAUAUUUUCACCGGUAAAUCAGGGUGGUGGGGAAAGCAGUUUGGUAGAAUGCUCAUUUGCUUUUGCAUAUUUAUUUUUUUCUUUUUUCAGAAAGGGUGCUCGGCACAAACUUUAAAGUAGGGGUGGGAAACUGGAUCUGGCUGGCAGGCUGAUUCCAGUACUGGUUCACCAUCCAGAGAACACUCUUGGGAGGGACGGUCCACACAGCUGUCAAGUCAUGUGACAUAUGACGUAAGGCAAUUCCACUUCAAAGGAAGAAUCAGGAGCAUUCUCAGUUUAGUUCAAGGCACAGAUACAAAAGAUUCUUGCCAAAGGUGAGGCUUGUAUUCUGCAAUGCAUUUAAAUUCAGCUUUGGAUGCAAACCUCAUUUUUGGGAGGAAUUUACUAAAUUGUACAUUUUUUUUGUUACUGCAACUUGCUCUAGGGCUUUAGGAUGAAGGAUGGGUAAUAACAACAUUUCACAGAAAGUCAAGUGUAGCUGUAGGAGUAGGUCCUAUAGAUAUGAAGUUGUCCACAUAAGUGUAUGAGGAAUUGAAAUUUGUCCAUUUUGCUAAGGCUGCUUUGAUCAGCUUUUUAAAAAAUCCAGUGUUGAUGUACUCAUUGUGCUAAAACACUGCUUUUAAUUGACAGCUUAGCUUCUAUGUGUCAUGUUGAAAUGCUUAUCUACACCAAAACAAAAAAGCAUUCACUAUCCUUGGUAGGUUUUGUUUUGCUUUACAGAAAUAAGUGUUCCAUAUUCAAACAGUUUAGGAUCCUGCACCUGUAAAAUAUGUAGGAUUAGCUUCAAUGAAUUUAUAGAAAUGUUGUGUAAUUAAACUGUCACCUAGUCAUAUUUCUGUGUGCACACAGAUCAAUGGCUACUAGUUGUAUUAGAUACAGUCACUGUAUAUUUUAAUUUCUAAUCAAACACACAAUUUAAACAUCCCUGUUAGAAAUAUUGUAUUUAUUAUAUUUAAAUAUUGGAUGAUCUUAUUUUGCCAAAGGAAAAGAAACUUACCGUAUUUUUCGCCCUAUAGGAUGCACUUUUUCCCCUCCAAAAAUGAAGGGGAAAUCUGGGUGCGUCCUAUGGGGCGAAUGCAGGCUUUCGCUGAAGCUUGGACAGCGAGAGGGGUCGGUGCGCACUGAUCCCUCUCGCUCUCCAGGCUUCAGGAAGACAUCUGCAGCCUAGGCAGCCCUGCGGGAGUUCCCGCAGGGCUGUCUAGGCUGCGAAUAGCAGCUAGCUUCCCGGAGCGCCGGGCACGCUGAAAGCAGAGCGCCCGGCGCUUCGGGAACACAUCCGCAGCCUAGGCAGCCCUGCGGGAGUUCUCGCAGGGCUCCCUACGCUGCGGAUAGCAGCCUGCCGCCCGGGGCGCCCUGAAGCAGAGCGCCCCGCGCGCCAGACAGACAUCAGCCAGCCCCACAGGCUCGGGGGACAACAAGGAGGCGCAGCGCCGCCAACCCGCUGUUCCUUGACCUGGUUCGGUUUCCCCGACCUGGUGGGGGGGGGAAAUAAAGGAAAAAAAUUUCCUUUAUUUCCCCCCCCCAAAAAACUAGGUGCGUCCUAUGGGACGAAAAAUGCGGUAUUUACACUUCUGCAAACUUCAUUGAAAUGAAGGUCUUCAUCACCCUUAAUUUGAUCUACAAAUAAAAAAGAGCUGGCUUACAAAUUAACAGUGUUGUAGCCAAUUUGAUGGCAUCCAAAUGUCAGUAGAGUACACCCAUCAUCCCUGGGCAUUGAUUAUGCCAGGUGGGGCAGAAGGGAGAUGGUGCUUAGCAACAUCUGGAGGGUGUCAUGUUGGCUGAGUCUGGACCAGAUGUACUAUGUACACAAUUCUGCAUUUUAAUAAGCAGAUAGCAUCAAUCUGUUUGUAGUUAAACUAACAGGUUUUCUCUCUCUUUCUAUUCAGAAAGCUUUCAAUGUCCAAGCAGGAAGUUCUCAGAGGUUUGGAUUGCUAUCUUAAAUAUUCUAGUAAGUACAAUAGAAGAGUAUUCUUCCAACACAUUUAUUUUGAUCAUACUUAACAUGUUAUACAGACAACAGAGGGUUCUUAGUAAUCAACAAUCCCUUCUCAAAUAAGACUGUGGCCAAGGCAAUUUUGUCAUCCAGUGUAGCACAAGGAAGGUCUUCCACACUGACAUACUUUGGGUAGGAAGAAAGCAAAAAUUCAAUACCAUCUGCAUAUUCAGGCUCUAUUUCACAGUAUUUGGGCUCCUCCUUGUGGUACACCCUUGAAUUUUCUGCAGUAUAAUACAGCAAUGUGGCAUCUCCUUCAUUGCACAAUCUGACAAUUCCAUACUGAAGCAGCCGUACCUGUGUCUUUUUCUUCAACUGGACAUCAAGAUUUUGGACAUUUCCAUUUUCCCACCGUGCUGGAUGUCCAUACACACUCAAUGCCUUUUCGCUCUCAGUCAGCACUGGCGGGAGGCAGUCAUGAAGAAAAGCCUUGGCUUUUUGAUCCACAGCAGCAUCAACUGGUGCAAAAUCUAUUAGUUUGGUUAUUAGUGUUCUGAUCUUUUGCAUAAAGGCAUCUCGGCGAGGAUCAACAACAUCCGAGUUCAGGACUCCCAUGUAUUGCAGGUAGUCUGUGGGUAGCCCACGGCGAUAGUCCACAUCCUCUUCAAUGGCCAUCUGCAGUGCUGCAGGAAGGAGCUUUUCUAACAGGUCUCCCCAGGAGUUUCGCUGGUAUGAAGAUACUGUUAUAUGGAGUGAAUGUGCAUCUGGGAGACAGUCGCCUUGGUGGAUAAACCCCCGGGGGAAAUAGAGCAGGUCUCCAGCUUCUAAUACAGUCUCCAGAAUGGGUUCUCCAAUCUCCUCCUGGCUAAAGUUGCUACUCGAAAACUGAGGCAACACCUCCGCCUCUUUCCUCGGGCUGUAAACCCUCCAAUGCUUCUUUCCUUCCAGCUGGAUCACAAAGGCUUCAAUGUCAUCAUAGUGAGGAGCAAAGCCCUGUGUACCAGCAGGGGUCAAGUAAGUGUUUGCUCCCACCAUGCUGUUGAACCGCUCCUGCAGGAUGGAGAGGAACUGCCAGAGGGUGGAAGAAAAAGCCUGGGGAUUUAGCAUCCUGAGGGAACAGCCAUUCCUGUAGAAAUCCCACACCACAGCUGGCAGCGCCCUGCCCUCCGGAUUGUGCGUCUCCCUCUUCCCAUCUUCGUAGCUGGUCACGUCCAAGUUGACACCGAACCGAACAUCGCUGUCACGCAAGAUGGCAUCGAACUCUGCUGUAGAGAAGAGGCCCUGGUAAUAACCUGGAUUGUGCCUCUGGAGCAAGAAGGGUUUCUUUUCCCAGUACCGGUCAAAGAAGUGACGAGGCGAAGUGGGAGCGAUGAGCCACUCGAAGAGUUUGGCGGCUCGCUGCCGGCUAUGCUGAACUUGCCCCAGCUCUUGGAGGAGGCGCUGGAGUGGGCAGCCCAUAAAAGGAGGCUGUGGGGAAGGCGCCUCCUUCUCCUUAUGGGGUACUGGAGCAGGGCUUUCUCCGCUUGCCAGGCCGCGCUCACGCUUGGAGGCCGCCGCAUCCCUGGAGUUCGCAUUCCUUCUCCGUCUCUUCGCAAGUUUCACGGCCGCAUCCGGGACGGGGCGAGCAUCCCUGGGCGGCUCCCCGUUCGCGGCCCCUGGUGCCUCCGCGCAGUCCUCGGCGGCCAGCGCCCUCUUAGAGAGCCGAUUCUUGGCCUUCCGGCGCCUCAGCGAGACGGACAGCCCGUGCCUCGGGCGCUGCGGCAGCUCCCGGUCCCCGAGUUGCACGGCGGAGCGGUAGGCCGAGAGCGCGGACACACGUGGCGGGUGAAGCAGCUCCAUGCCUGCACCCGGGAUGGGGAAGCGCCGGCCAACACGUGCCGACGGCUUCCGGCUUAGGAGCGAGGCUUUUCGACCUCUCCUUCCGGUGCCGCUUCGUACGUAGCUCCGCCCUGGGAUUCCCGCACGGCCAACGAGCGAUGGGUCAGAGAGACUCGGUGAGAGAAAGCGCCGCUCUAGCCCUAGUGGGCUUUUCCGGUCUGAAACGGAAGUUGGGUCCUUGUUCUCUAACAAGUAUCUAGGAUAUUAUAGAGAUACGAAGGGAUAGAAUGAUUUUACGUGCUAGUGUAAAUCGUAUUCUUAUUGUUAUUCUUAUAUUUAUCCUCUGCCUUUGACCCUAACAGGGACUCAGGGCAACUCGCCCAUAAAAUAAGAACACCUAAAAACAUAGGGGGAAAACAAUCGUUAAAAACAAUUGAACGUUAAUAGAAUUAAAAAUCUAAAAGCUCUAUUAAAAACAUAACAUACAAUCGCAAUAAAGCAGCAGGGCACCACGGGAUCCAAUAAUGUAUCAUCACACACGCACUCCCGAUUUGAAAUUUAGGCUGUACGCGACUUAACUUUUUGCAAAGAUACCACGGUGGAGCAGGUUGCUACUCCUGCAUCGUAAAUCAGAUUUAAAGGUAAGGGACCCCUGACAGUUAAGUCCAGUCACAGAUGACUCUCCGGUUUUGGAGCUCAUCUCGCUUUAUAGGCCGAGGCUUGGGAGUAAUUAUUUUGAAUUCAAGAUACCUUACUUCCGGGCAAACAGCCAUAGGCUGGAGCUCACCUCAGCAUGCCUUACUCUUGAGUAACUGUGUUUAGUGCAUUAGGUCGGAAUUCUAAACCCAUAUUUAUUUACUUGGAGAUAAAUCCUAUUAGUCAAAAGAGGUUCAAUUUGGGCUUCAAGCCACAUAGGUGUCUCAAGAUGCUGUUUUGCCAUAUUAACAAAUCAUAUGCAGCCAGAUUUAACAUAGAUAAUGGCAAUGACAUAAAAGUAACUACAGCUGCUCAACAAAUAAUAAAUACUAAUGCUAUUUAAAAUAUAUCCAGUGAAAUAUCUACAGCAAAAUUAUUUAAUCAUAUGAUAAUAGCAGAAUAAACAGUCACUCUUAUAUGAAAGAGUAAUUCCCAUGAGGUGUUUUUGAGGCUUCCCUAGAUUGCAGACACAGACCUCAGAAGGACAGGCACUUACCAACAAAUAAUUUAAGCCACUAUAAAUACAUUUUAGCUAUGUGCACUUAUUUAGAAGUAAAUCCUGUGUUUGUAAGCAUGCACAGAAUUGCUGCCUAAAUCACCAACUUGUGCAGUUUGAGCUAUUCAAAUGCAAGUAGCUCAGUUUGUGACUUUUACUGGAAUCCUAAACAUGUUUACUAGAGUAAGUUCUUUAGGGGCAAGUAGGACAUGCCAAGUAUCAUGUUGUGCAGCCUUUUGCAUUUAGAGGGUUAGGAGAAAUCAAUGGAAAGUUUGUUUUUCAUGUAAUGGGAAUUGCAUUGCUAAUUUGUGCAUAUUACUGAUACUGAUUUUAAAAACAGCAAUAUUAGAUGUUAUUAUAUACUGUAUUUGUACAUUACAUAAUAUAUGUGAAAAUUGACAGCAAAUAUUAAAAAUGAACAAGUUAAGCCUUUCUUUAGUUUAUUAUUUGCAAAGAAAGAGAUAGGAUGAAUCUCUAUAUGGCUUUGCAAAGUCAAAUCUUAUUUUGCUACUUGUAUUUCAGCCUUGGUUGGGAAUCCCUCCAACCCCAUGGACACAAAGAGCCUUCUUAGAAGCACUGAAAAUACGCAAUGCUGAGAAGGCAGAAUGUGCCAAGAAACCAAAAGCACCCACAGAGAAGCGGAAAAAAUCCAGGGUCAAGAAAACAAAAACAAAAAAACCUGCUCAGAGUCCAUUUACUAGUCAGCCACUCAGCUGACUCUUCUGCUGUGGGAAACAAGGUACAAAAGUCAUGGACAGAAAAUAGCUUUUCAGAUAUUUGGAAGCAGAGUAAUCAUAAUACAGUUGUUAAUUGGUGUAUGUGUUCCACCAUGGUCUCUAGUCAAACCAGCUCUGCAGGAUUUUGAAUCAUUGAGCUUACUUCUGCAUUUAGUUUCAGCUCUCUCAGGGUGUAUUUCCAGCAUUGCUGGUAUUGCCACACAUCUAUUACAUUACUGGUAAUACUUCUGCAUUAGAUGGGUACCUAUUAUGGGAUAGUGGCCAGGCAAAGCAAUAUAUUUCAUCACUAAGGAGCUGCGUUUUUUUAAUUAAAAAAAACAACCUAAAGUUUUAUGGUGUAUUUAUUGCAUGACCUACAGGUCAUGUCCACAUGUGUUCAUGUAGCCCUUCAGAAAUAAAAAUAAAUGGGCAAAGCUACCACACCCUGUGUGUAAUGCCCACAUUUCCCCCUUUUUAAAAGGAGAGAAGGGCAGAAGUUGCUAGCAACUUGGGUUCAGUUUUACCACUAUGUUCACUGAGUGUUUACCAGGCUUCCUGUUUCCUGCAUACUAGUGGGAGUUUCCCCUCAGUUUAAUUCUAUUUGCAUCAUUACCAAGUUUUUGAUGCUGGAUGAGAGGUACAGUCAUACCUCAUGUUACGUUUGCUUCAUGUUACAUUCUUUCAGGUUACGUCCCGCGGCAACCUGGAAGUACUGGAAAGGACUACUUCCAGGUUUUGCUGCUUGCGCAUGCACAGAAGUGCUAAAUCAUGCUUUGCGCAUGUGCACAAGCACCAAAUCGCACCGCGCACCUGCGCAGAUACAAUGCUUCAGGUUGCGCUCUUUUCAUGUUGCGAAUGGGCCUCCGGAACGGAUCCCGUUCGCAACCAGAGGUACCACUGUACUUAAGCCUGUAAUUCUAAGCACACUUUUACGAAGAGAAUUAUUGGAAAUUGCAGUCAAACAUAACUAGCAAGCAUAGAGCUAGUGGCAAGUACAGGGUUAUUUACUGCAUGAAGGGAUUUAGGAAAAGAGAGCUGUGUUCCUAGACUCAGCUAGGUCACUCCACCUCCUCUGGAGAGGGAGGAAGUGAGGCUUUCUUCUUCUUCUUCUCCUCCUCCUCCUCCUCCUCCUCCUCUCUCUCUCUCUCUGCACCAUGUAACCAACAAAGGAGGAUGUGUGUAAGCUUGCUCUCAAGCUUAGAGCAUGUGUUUGAAACUACUAGCUGUAUUUUCUACCCAAUAAUAUUUUGCCUGUGUCCUCCUUACAACUGCAUGGAGCAAUGCAUGUACCAGACCUUUGAAUCUGUAAGUAAAGCAUUUAAAACUUACUUAGCAGUGUGUGGUCUGUUCUUUGCAAAAGAGGUAGAAAGAGUGGGAGCAUUGUAAAUGAGAUAAGAGGGGUCUAACAACCUAUAUUCCUAAUGCUACACUGCUGCUUGACUUUUGUGCUUUAAACUCUCUUGGGGCUUUCUGUGUGCUUUUUGAAUCUAGGCACCCAGCUGAUUCUUUUGUUGUUUACCCACACAUGUGGGCCCACAGGGAUUUAUAUAUUUAAUUCCCCAGCAAGAAUAAGGCCCAUUGAUUUCAGUGAAGCUCACAUCUGAGUACAAAUGCUUAGGGAUGUGCUGUAAGUCACUUCCAGUGCUCCAUUGAAAUGCAGUCCAUCUACAUUUAAAGCCCCAUGGCAAUUAUUAGUCUUAAGGUGCAUUUUCAGUUUCACGUUUCAGAAAUGACAUGGACUAAAUUGAUCCAUAUUGCAACCCACCAUGAAAAUACAAGGAAGACAUAAUAGGUUCAAUCAUAUACAAUACUGAUGUUUCCAGUGAAUGUGUACGGAGACAAUUAAUAUGCUGCACUUUCUGUUAGCAAUGAGGGAAGAACUACAUUCAGAUGGGGUCAGAAGAAUUUAUUUGAGUCAGUCUAGAUUUCAGGUCUGUUUCAUAUGCACUUUCAUUAGAAAAGAGUACAAACACUUACUUCUGCUUGCUCUGAAUUGUCUAGCUCAGAGUAAACCCAUUGAAAGUAAAUAUAAUCGUACCUUGGAUCCUGAAUGCCUUGCAAGUUGAAUGUUUUGGCUCCCAAACGCUGCAAACCCGGAAGUGAGUGUUCCGGUUUGCGAACGUUCUUUGGAACCUGAACAUCUGAUGCAGGUUCCAAUUGGCUGCAGGAGCUUCCUGCAACCAAUUGGAAGCCACGACUUGGUUUCCAAAUGUUUUGGAAAUUGAACGGACUUCCAGAAUGGAUUCCGUUCGGCUUUCGAGGUACAACUGUAGCUUAUUUCAGUGGGUCUAACCUGAACAUGACCAAUAUUGGUUAUCACUCUUAGUAUCAGUUUUAGAUUAAAAUACAUACACAUAAAUAUGAAUAAAAUAUUUCUGUACGAUAUUCUUAUUUGUAUUGUUGGAAUCAGGGCUUCACGGAUUUACUUUUUGUAUAGUGAUGUAACCUGAACCAUUCUUUACUUAAGACCAUGAAAUUGUUGUCAUUGUUGAUUCAAAUAUCAACUAUGCCAGCUUUAGAACUAAGUACAUAGUUUUAAAAAACUAUUUUGGCCUGAAAAACAGGAUAUUAGGGUAAUAGAAAAACCAGGGUAAUAGAAACUUUAUUGUCCACCUUGGACACUUUACUGGAUGAUCAACCAUGCAGUCAGAGUGAUAUUUUCUGCAUAGCCUCUCAUUUCAAAAACAAAGGUGACCUUGGAGGAGCUUACCGGUCAAUCCUAUGCAGAGUAGGUAUGGCGUUUGGUUAAAAUAAGUUUAGGCAUGCUGAACAGUGUAAAAUCAGGGUGGCUAGCAUCCAUCACUGCCCCUAAAAAAGGAAUUGUUAUUAAAAUUUCUAUACUGCCCUUCAGCCGAGGGCCACAUGGUGGUUUACAAUAUAAAAACACAAAAAUGCAUAACAUAGUAACAAAUGAAACAAUAUCCCCCACAUUGUUUAUUAAAUUUCAAGGGAUCAUAUUAUUGUAAACCAUGCUGGGAGUCUUUUCCAGCUUAAAAAUGGUAAAAAUAUUUUAACUAACUAACUAAAUCCCUUUCUACCUUUCCUUCAGAAAUUCUUAACUGUCACUUCAGUUCUUCCUGUCUUUUCAUGCAACCCCUUUUCAUAUUAGUCAUGGGUAUUAAGAAAAUGAUUUCUAGUGUAUGGUCCUGUUGUCAAGCUGGAUUUAUUGUUUUACAUCACACUGUGUGGUUUUAUGGCUCUUGAUAGAUACUAUCAAGUGGUAGAAAUCCCAUAAAUAAAAUAAAAACAGUGGAUUCAUAUUACCGGUUUUCCUGCAGUGAAGUGAUUUUUCCCUGUUUCUUUUUUUCUUGCAAAGAGACUUUAUAGUGAGAACUGCACAGAACUACCUAAGAUGAAAAACAAACAAACUGUAGUAUGAAACCAGUUUUGGCCUCACCGGGCACAGCUGAAUAAGCUCAGCUAAACAACACUAUUAAGCCUAAGAAAACGAAGCUUCAGGAAUAUACUAUUAGCAUCGUAUAGGAGACCUGGCAGUUUUAGCGAGUGUGUCUGCAGUGUUCAGUGGCGUUUAUUCACUGCCAACAAUAAGGUCUGGCACAAGUGUUUUGCCUUAAGUCUCUAGAAACCUUGCUAUAGCUCCGUUCAUAUAUCCUAAGCAUCACACUGUUUAUUUUGUCUCCAGAUGCAGAGGGACAUUACUGUACAUCUCUGUCAUUCUCAAACACUUUGGGAGCUUCAUCUGAUUGACUAG